CCCUUCGCGUUCGACCACUACAACCGUCUGCCGGCCUUGCAAACCAUGGCCACACUGCAGGGCUAUGUUGACCAUCGCGUUCUCCUCAUUCUGCAGGAUGGACGCGCCAUAGUGGGUGUCAUGGCUGGUUACGACCAAAAAUCAAACGUCGUCCUCUCCGACUCGAAAGAGCGCGUAUACAGCAUGGACGACGGCGUAGAAGAGAUACCGCUGGGCUUGUAUCUUGUGAAGGGCGAUCAAAUAGUUCUCAUCGGCGAGCUCGACGAAGCCCUUGAGCAAUCAGUUGACCUAUCCACGAUUCGAGCCGAACCUCUCCCUCCUAUUCGAUACUAAACCGCCGAAAUGACCUUCUUAUGGGACUCGGGAAAACACAUAAUCGCCCCAGCUGCAUGUCAUGCAUUGCGCCUCCCGCAUAGGGCGCGCCAUGUACAUCUAUGGGCGUCCUAGAGCGGCGGCGCCAACGCCGGUGCCGGGAUGCUGGGAGGAUCACUCGCUUGCGAACGCGGAUGGUUGAGAAUGGGCGGACCCCAUCAACGUGUCGCAUUCGGUCGCUGAAUUCCAAAGCAUGUAGUACGAAGUGGACACGAGUGAAUGAAUACACACGUUCGGCACGGCCGAUACAGCUAUUGGGACUGUUUCA